GGCGUGGCAAUGGGGAAGAAGCAGAGUCGAUGCUUAUAAAGUGCAGCUAGCUACCUUGUGUGUUAAAACUAAUUGCUCCGAAACAGAGGACACGAACUAUCGCUACAUCGGAAGAACUGACGCAGGAAGAGACACAUACAUACUGUUGCCAGAAAAGCAGGCUCAGACAGUCGCAUCCUGAACUUGUGGUUUGAUGUAGCCUACAUUAGCUACAAUAUAGCGGAGUAUUGUAAUUGCAAUGGGUUCAAGGGAGUUUUUCAGCCGUUUUGAACCAGUGGUUCCGUUUAGCACUCACAAUGAAGAUGGGUACGGCUGUCAUGGAGGCAGCAGACAUUGCUGUGGUGGUGCUGUACUUCAUCCUGGUGCUGAGCAUCGGGUUCUUCGCCAUGUGGAAGGCCAACCGGAGCACGGUGAGCGGAUACUUCCUUGCGGGACGCUCCAUGACGUGGUGGGUGAUCGGAGCGUCCCUGUUUGUCAGCAACAUCGGCAGUGAACACUUCAUAGGCCUGGCUGGGUCGGGAGCAGCCAGCGGCUUUGCUGUGGGAGCAUGGGAGUUUAACGCUCUUCUCCUGCUGCAGCUGCUGGGCUGGGUCUUCAUACCUGUGUAUAUCCACUCUGGUGUGUACACCAUGCCGGAGUACCUGUCCAAACGUUAUGGGGGCAAUAGGCUAAAGGUGUACUUUGCUUCCCUUUCUGUGCUGCUCUACAUCUUCACCAAGAUCUCUGUGGACUUGUAUGCCGGGGCGCUUUUCAUCCAGGAGUCACUGGGCUGGAAUCUCUACCUGUCCAUCAUUCUGCUCAUUAGUAUGACCGCACUGCUUACGGUCACCGGCGGCCUGGUUGCGGUCAUGUACACAGACACCCUCCAGGCAGUGCUGAUGAUUGGUGGAGCUCUCAGCCUGACCAUCAUCAGCCUGAUCAAGGUCGGUGGUCUUGAAGGGGUUCGGACCAAGUACAUGCUAGCUGUCCCAAAUGUAACGGCUAUCCUGGCCAGUGGGAACUUCACCCACUCACCCUCCUGCCGCAUCGAGCCCAAGCCAGACUCCCUGAGGAUCCUCCGGGGCCCGCUGGAUGAGGACAUCCCCUGGCCUGGCUUCCUCUUAGGUCAAACUCCAGCUUCCAUCUGGUACUGGUGUGCUGACCAGGUCAUCGUCCAGAGGGUGCUGGCUGCUAAGAACCUCGCCCACGCCAAGGGCUCCACGCUGAUGGCUGGCUUCCUGAAGGUCCUGCCCAUGUUUAUUAUCGUUAUCCCCGGGAUGAUAUCCCGGAUCUUGUUUGCAGACGAGAUAGCCUGCAUUGGGCCAGAGCACUGCCUGGCUGUGUGUGGCUCUAAGGCGGGGUGCUCCAAUAUCGCCUACCCGCGGCUGGUCAUGGCAGUGAUGCCUGUGGGACUGCGAGGGCUGAUGAUGGCUGUGAUGAUUGCGGCUCUCAUGAGUGAUCUGGACUCCAUCUUUAACAGUGCUAGCACCAUCUUCACCCUGGACAUCUACCAGAGUGCUAGGCGUGGCGCGUCCCAUAAAGAGCUGUUGUUGGUGGGCCGGCUGUUCGUGGUGUUCAUGGUGGUUAUCAGCAUCGCCUGGGUCCCUGUCAUCAUCGAGAUGCAGGGCGGCCAGAUGUACUUGUACAUACAGGAAGUAGCCGGAUACCUAACCCCGCCCAUUGCCGCCCUCUUCCUGCUGGGUGUGUUCUGGAAGCGCUGCAACGAAAGGGGUGCAUUCUGGGGCGGUAUGACCGGGUUUGCGCUGGGUACCACCCGGCUGAUCUUGGCGUUUAUUUACCGAGAGCCUCCCUGUGACCAGCCAGACGACAGGCCUUUCUUCAUCACACAUGUCCACUACAUGUAUGUGGCUGCUGGGCUGUUCUGGGUGUCUGGACUGGUGGCUGUGGUCGUCAGUCUCUGCAACCCUCCUCCAGAUAAGGAGCAGAUCCGCACCACCACAUUAUGGGGCCUGCGUAACAUGGGAAAGCUUCUCCUCAAAGACUGUGAGGAGAUGUACAAGCUGACGGAUAAGAGCCCUUUGCAGUUGAAUGGGAAUGGAGGCCUCUAUAAGGAUCUGCCCCCAGACAUCUGCAAUGCUAGGUGUCUAGAUGGGGAGGACGUCAAGCUGCUAGCUCCGCCUUCUGACUUUGACCCCGCGACUCCCAGCGGCGAGACAACCCCGGAAAUGACACUAGCAACGCCCACCACCCAGUUUGAUAACGGGCACCCAGGGCUAGUGCAUGCAGAGGAAGGUUGUGGGGAUGAGGAGGGUGGGAGGUGCAUGCAGCUGUUGGAGUGGUUCUGUGGGUUUAAGGAAGCGGCAUAUGAUGCCCAUCCCAAAAGGACAGUGGAGGACGAGAGAGCCGUUAUGGAGAUGCUGUACGAGCCACCCAGAACCAAACUGCUGCUCAACUGUGGCCUGUUUCUCGUCUGCUCAUUGGGAAUAUUCCUAUUUGUCUACUUUUCUCUAUAGACUGGGCCAAAGGAGGGGUUGUUGGGGAUUGUUUCAAGGGAAGUUACAAUUUUCUAAUAUUUUAUGAAUCUGAAGUUUAAUAUUUACAGUGCAGCUUCCUAACAAGGAUUCACUAAGCUUUUUGAAAUCAUUCUUUUGAAACAAUUGAAUCUUCUGUCUUGUCUCAAAACUCCGAACCUCUUCAACUCUAUCCUGUACUUGUCAUUUUUGUAAAGUGCUUGUUGUUAAUGUGACUGACAUAUCUAUUGUGAUUUAUAGAACUGUGGUAUUCUAUUUGAAUGUGUGACAUUAGCAUUAUUUAUAUUCACUUUUUAUAUUUCCUUGAACAGUUGUUUCUGUGCUAAAAGUGUUAUUGGGACCAUUGACUUUGUAGUGAUGUUAGCUAUAGCACACCCAUAUAUCUGAAUGUCUAUGUACUUUGAAAAUGUACUGUAUGUGGUAUACGAAUAGUGUGUUCAGACUUUCCAUGUACUACUAUGUUACUAUAUCCUUAUCAGCACAAUUGGUUAAGAUGGGUGAAUUCCUUGUUUAUUACAGCUUAAUAGUGUGCUGCUGUGUUAUUCCACCAGCUCUUCUAUCGAGAAAGUUUAAGAAACCAUUUUAAGGCCUUUUUGUUAUGCAGAGAUUACCUCAAAGCCACCACCCUCUACCACAGAUGGAGAAUAAAACUCAUAAGUGUUUUCCCUUCCUAAUAGCAUUAUAUAUGGUGAUUGCAAAUGCUUAGAAUUUUUACCAAAUUAUUUAGUUAAUGUUUGUCCUAUUACUUUUUAUUUUCUGAUGUUUCCAAUUCCUAAGAAUACCCAGGUGAGUUGCUGUAGAAUGUGUAAAAAUGAUUUUCUUAAGUAUAAAGAUGAAAGUUUGUCAACAUGAAAAACUCUACUUUUUAUUAUAGACUUAUUGUAGCAUUGCAAGGAAUGGAACAUACAGUAUCAAUGCUCGUAGUUUGUCAUGUGUUUAUGAUUAGGUUAAUAUUUGCAAUUUCUUACUGUUUGUCUGAAUGUUGUAUCUUCCACAGUUAAUGUCAUGACAUUUGUUCAGUAAGCUAUUUUGGUAACUUAGUGGCAGAACACUAAAACCAAGCCCUGUU